AUGGCAUCCAUGGAGAGGGGACGAGGCAUGACAAGCCUGAGCCUGGCCGCCGGAGCUUUGGCGCCGCACAGACCGUUCCAGUUCUGUGAGCCCAAGGUGCGAAUUCAGCUUCGGAGCAGCCUUUCUCUCUGGAGGCCAGGCGCUCCGCUCAAAAAGUACUGUAGGCACAGGCUGCAACUCACAGUUUGGGUGAAGGCCGAGGCCGCCCGCCCGGGCCAAAUCAGCGAACUCCACAAAGUCUCGAACGGUCUGCCAGUCUGUUCCGAGGAGCAGGGCGCCGCGUUUUUGGAGGAGCUGAUCCAGCAUGCGCCCGAGAUGUGCGUGAGCCUGGGCCUUUCGCAGGAAGAGGCCUCUCGUCUCUUCGCUCGCUAUCGGGAGGUGGCGACCACCCUGAACGCGAAAGCAGCCGAGAAGGCGCCGACACAGCAGGCGGCGAAGGUGAAGGCGUGCGCAACGCCUGCACCCAUUUUCCGCAGAGCUGCGGUGCACCGCACGGCGCCGAUGAUUCCGUGCGUGCGCUGUGCCAAGCAGGAGGCCGUACUGCAAGCAGUGACCAUCGCGUCCCAGCACGAAGGUUGGGGUCGCAAAUGGAAUGAGUGCCAGUACUCCUGCGUCAGCUGCCGCCUGCCGAUUCUUCGUGAAGCUCACGUGAACUGCUGCAACACGUGCAAGCUCUUCUGGCAUCAGGAUUGCGCGAACGCGAAGCAGCAAUACACUGCAGCACGCAGGGCGUCUGCUCUCAAAGCCAAGAACAAGAAGGCGUCGCCAGUGCCACCGCCAGCACUGGCGCCGGCAAAAGAACCAGCUCGCAGCAAGGCCGCGCUUCCCAGAGCCUCCACUGUGCAGCCGCCUGCAGGGAUGCCCGGUGCUGUUCCCAGCAAAGUCUUCGCCUACGCACCGCUGGUGCGAACUGUCACCGUGCCUGGCACCAAGGUCGAGAUUGGGGCGGCCAGGCAGCGGGCGCAGAAGGCUUACAUCCCUCUCCAGGCGUGGAACUUGCGCGUGCCACCCCGGAAGAUUCAGACUGCGGCUCCAACCCGGCCAUCGGAACCAGCCCUCACGGCCACGGAGGAGCUCGUGGAGUACACCGAAGGCCUCCCAGGGCGGGCGGAGCGCUGCGCGGAUCUGGAUCGCCACGGCAAAUACCGCGCAGCACUCCGGCCAGUCUUCGGCAGAGAGGUUCAGGCUCUCAUCCGUCGCCGACCGCCGCAAGCUUGGGAGCUCCAACAUCCCUUCGCGAAAGAGAUGGAGGAGGACAAGGCCCUCGCAUCCGUGGCAACUCAAGGAUCCAAGGAAAAUGAGAGCAGAGGCUUUCAGCGCCUCCAAGACGACUUUCUGAGGACCCACGGGCACCAGAUCAAGGAGCAGCUCUCUUCGGUCUUCCAUGGACCGAUCAGCAUCAAGCACGCCGAGGUCGGCGGCCCAGCCCAGGAGCGCUUCAUGGAUGCCAUGUGCGAGGGCUAUCCGCUGCUCCCAGCCUUCCACGGCUCGCAAGCCGAGAACUAUGCUUCGAUCUGCUCACGUGGGUUGCUGAUUCCCGGCCGCGACAACGAGCUAAAAGUUGUCAACGGCUCUGUGCACGGUCGCGGGAUCUACACUGCCGGCUUGCAGAAUCCUAGGCUGUCCGCCAACUUCUGCACAGAUCCCAAGAUGCUUGUUUGUGGUGUCCUGGACGAUUCUCAACACCUCGCAGCAAGCAGGACUCUUGGCAACCAUCAACUCAAAGCUGAGUCUCAGGCCAUCAAGCACGUUGGGGACGCAAUCGUGGUCUUUGACGAGCGACGGGUGGUUCCCUUGUUCCAGGCCUCGGGCCGUGCUUUCCAGCAUCGGCACUGCUCAGCUCCGCUUCCGACGACUGUAGGUCCUGCACAAGUGUUGGGCAACUGGGCUCCAAAGCGAGCGGUGGCAAGCUACAACCCGAACCAGGACCUUAUCCACAACGGCAUCAUCACUGCAGGAACUGACAAGGUCUUCCACGUGCGCACACGUCAGAUGGCAUACUUGCCUCCGACGCCGAUGUCGUCCAGUAACUGGAGCUGCAGACAGAGAGAGCCUCCGUGCUCAGUGCAAAGAAAGAGAUCGAUAGCGAAGUUGCGAAGGUGA